AUGGGGCAAGCUGAGCGGAGGAGCUUUCCGUUCCUGUCGUGGCCAUGGACACCCUUUCUCAUGGCUUGCCUUAGCCGCGCUGUCCUCAGCUUGUACGUUCUGUUCUUGAUCGAGGAUAAGGUCAUCGGCUUGGCUCCUGUCCUGCUUCGCUCCGGCUGCUUCUAUGCAGUUGCCGCGCUGUUCACGACUUGGGUGUUACGCCAGGUGUUCUCCCUUUGCACGGUGCAGCCUACCCCCGACCUGCGAGUCCACGUAGAGUCUGGGAGUUUCCGGGACAACUCGGUCUCCUGGGUUUCAGCCGAGAUGAGGGGCUGGCGCGAAAACAUGGAGGACGCGCAUGUUGCUGCGGAGCUCUGCAAAGAUGCAUUUGAAGAUGCGCUGCUCUUCGCAGUACUGGAUGGCCAUGGAGGCAGCGAAGUCUCAACUUUGGCCUCGAAGCUGCUGACACGGGAGAUGGAGGCCUGCAGGAGAAAAAUCCACAACGGCAAGACAUCUCAGGCAGAGCUGCUGGCGGAGGUCAUUCGGCAGUCUCUGCCGCGCCUGGACGAGAAGCUGCGCAGCGGGUCUUGGGGAAUCGGGUGGCUGUUCCCGGGUGUGCUACAUCCGUUUGCUGCCUGCGGCUCCACUUGUGUGACCGCCGCCGUGGACUUUGUUGGGCGGGAGGUGAUUGUCGGGAACGUCGGUGACUCCCGCGCUCUUCUCAUCCGGGACGGCAAGGCCAUAGCGUUGUCCGAGGACCACAAGCCCGAGAACCCCAUCGAGCGAAACCGAAUCCGAGCAGCCGGUGGGCAGGUCAUCAAAAUCGGACCUUGCCACCGAGUAGACGGAAAUCUAAACUUAUCAAGAGCAUUUGGUGACUUCAACUACAAGUCAACAGCCAACCUCCCUGCUGAGAAGCAGAAGGUCAUCGCGUUUCCAGAUGUCACGCGGACCGCUUUCCGUGGCUGGCCACAGGAGCUGCUGGUCCUCGCCUGCGACGGCCUCUUCGAGCGCUGUUCGAAUCAGGAUAUAGCAAAUCUCAUCUGGCCACGGCUGAAGAUGGCUAUGCCUCUGGAACAGAUAGCGACAGAAGUGCUCCACGCAUGCUGUGCCCGGUCGUCACGAGGCAGACCCAUCGAAGAAGGAACAGACAACGAGACGAUCAUCUUGAUCCGGCUUCCAUCAGACAGCCGGGUAGAUGGUGCUGGCCCUGCAGGCCCUACUAGUGGAACCGAAGAGCCCCUGGCAUCCGGCCAGCGGGUCCGCGUUCAGAACCUGGAAAGUGAAGCUGGACAGAAGCUAAAUGGGCUGGAAGGCACCGUCGAGGGUGCGGGCAGCUGCGAGGGCCGCUACAGCGUUCGUCUUUCAGGAGUGCCUGAGGCCAAGUCCUUGAAGGCCGAGAAUUUGGCUCCAAUACCUCCUAUCCAGGCAUGCUAG